UGGUAUAGCUUGCACUGGCCACGCCUACUAUCAGGACACGCCUCCGGCAUGAAUGCCUCUUUGAUAGCAUGUUCAGAGACAGACUGUUUUUGUAUGCUUGACGAGUACGGAUGUAAAUAAAACCAGUAUAACUUUCAAUGGUGUUUGUUCCUUAAAUGGAGUGCCUUUAAUGGUGAUAAAUAGUGUAUUCUGUAAAAGAAACACUACAAUUAGAACUCGCCGAAGAAAAUGGCGUUUACAAUUAAUCACAAUAAUAAGCAAUGGGAGAAAGUGGAUACCAUGCAAUUGUGGAAACACGGCGACGGAGAAAACACAGAAUGGAUGGUUGAAAAAAUUACGGAGACCGAAUGUAUAUAUGGAACAUAUUCUCAAGGCGUCGAGCGAUGCGCACCACAGCUUUUUUCACCAAUUGCGGUGAGCGUCAAUGAACAGAGGGAACCUUUGUUGCCAAAGUACGAUCCAGAUCAAGAUCGACGAAGAGAAAUCCUUGAUGGUGAGCGGAAACUCUUCGAAUACACUCAACGAGCCACAGGGAUCCCCUGUCAGGUGAAAGUCGUUCCACGGUUGAAUCCAGGACAUUAUACCAAAGCAGUAGAGGACAUAAAGAAGUUGACCACGGCGAUUGCGCAUAAAAAAGGCGAUUGGACAAACAUUAAUGACGUCAAAAAAAUAUUUGGGUGUUUAUUUCCGCAUCCAUCAGACAUCACGCGAUGGGAAGACGAUGUCAAAUUCGGAAUGCAGCGUUUUGCUGGCACGCACAACACCGUUAUCAGGCUCUGUACGGAAAUACCAGAGAAACUUGCGGUAACACCGGCAAUGCUCAAACCCCUCUUGGAAAAUGAUACACUGCAGUCGGCGAUAAAGAAAAGGCGUCUUUUUAUAAUAGACCACUCAAUUCUACGGAAUUGUCCAACGAUCAAAGGGACUGUAGUGUGCUCUCCUAUAGCAUUGUUUUACCGAAGGGAUGACAACAAAAUAGUUCCCAUCGCCAUUCAGCUGUUCCAAGACAAAGCCCACGAUAACCCAGUCUUUCUGCCUUCCGAUCCCAAAUACACGUGGAUCCUCGCGAAAAUGUGGUUCAACAAUGCAGACGCCUGCGUCCAUCAAGCAAACACCCAUCUUGGAUACACGCACAUCGUUAUGGAGGGAUUUGAGGUAUCCAUAAAUCGAAAUCUCUCCAAGUCACACCCAAUGUUUAAAAUAAUGGCACCGCACUUCAUGUAUCUGAUGACGAUCAACUAUCUUGCUUUAAGUAUCUUACUCGGGGAAGGUCAAUUUAUGAACACAGUCGUUUCUGUGGGUACGGAAGGAGCCUACGAGUUGAUCAGGCGUUAUCGAUCCAAAUGGAGGCUCAACGUUGAAGGAACGCUCCCGGCGGACCUAAAAGAGCGAGGUGUAGACAGCACAGACGUAGUUCCUGACUAUCCCUUCCGGGAUGAUGCGCUGCUGACAUACAACGCAAUCCUUAAAUACGUAACAGACUACGUUCACCUCUACUAUCCAUCCGAUAAGGAGUUGUUUGAAGAUUAUGAGAUACAGAACUGGCGGGCAGACCUGGAAAGACCAAUACAUGAUGGUGGCCUUGGUAUUCUUGGUGUUGAAGGGGUCGACGGGAGAUUUACAUCACGUGAACAGCUGAUUCAGGUUGUCACGAGCAUAAUCUACACAUGCAGCGCGGGACACGCGGCAGCGAACUUCAAGCAGUACGACGAAUACGCAUACCCUAUGAAUUACCCGUCAAUGCUUCGCGGAAAGCCACCUAGCGACAGAGGAAGCCGUUCCGAGGUUGAUGUCAUACAAACCAUUCAACACCGCUUGAAUCAUUACCAACUGAUGACGAUAGUGAAAGUCCUAAGUGAUCAUUCAUUCGGGAACCAACUGGGUAAUUUCGACCAACGGUACAUCUAUGACCCGAAAGCGAUGCAUAUUGUGCAGAAGUUUAGAGCCGAUCUGUGUAAGAUUCAUAGAAAAAUCCAAAAAGCAAACAUGGGAAGAGAAAUCACAUAUGACUACAUGGAUCCACUUGUAAUACCCAAUUCUAUCAAUAUUUGAGUACUUUUUACAAAAAACGUACUGUAUGUAUCAAAUCUUAAGACCCAAUUCUAUCAAUAUUUGAUACUUUGUACAAACAACGUACUGAAUGUAGCAAAUCUUAAUAUCCAAUUUAUAUAUCAAUGUUUAAGUACUUUGUACAAAUGACAUACUUUAUGUAUCCAAUCUAAAUACCCAAUUAUAUUAAUAUUUGACUUCUUUGAACAAACAACGUACUUUGUGUGAACAGUAAGAUGUGUGAUCAGUGCCUGAAUUUAGUGUAAUAUUGCUUUGUAUAAUCAUUUGUGUUGAUAUUUUUUUUAUACACUUUAACCAAAUAUCAGAAUAUUAUUUCACUUGAUUUUACUUUAUUAUUAGCAUUUCUCGUUACGCUUUGCAUUGCUGUUAUACAAUGUAUAUCGUUGUUUGUAAAGGAGUAUGGGACUGAAUUGCAGACCAGGUUUUGUAUUCUUCAGUGAUACAGGUCUAUAAAUAUAUGUCUGAACUUUGUCAUUAUUGUGCAUAAAUGUGCUUGUAUAUUGGUUCUAGAUUUUUCUAAUUGUGUUGCAUUUUUGUCGCAUGCCAAUAUAUACUUUAUUGAACAACUAGACGUUAAAAGUAUAGCUUUUUAAAUAUGUAUAUUAAAUUGUUGUUGUUUGUCAAAGUGGUAUUUUUAAUAGAAAUCAUGAUAAACCAUUACAUGCUAGAAAAGUGUGUGCUUCAAUGUAAACCAAUCACGCUUAAUUAAGAAUGUUUAAUGGUCAAAUGUUUCCUUCAAUAUGACAUUGCAAUUAUGUGCUUUGUUUCCUUGGGUUGGUUUAUAUUUACUUUUUUUUCCAUAU